UGUAGCUACCAUACGGUGCCGCCAAAUCAAAUUUACGAAAAGUCGGAUGCUUCAGCAGUAUAAUUAAAGAUGGCAGCCUCCAUGGCAAAAUUUUUACAGAAAAUUGGGGGUGGAUUGGGCCUGGUGGCCAGGAGAUAUCAAAGUCAAAACAGUGUGUCUAGUUUAUGGAAACUUGGGAAGCUGAACCAUGUAGCUAUUGCUGUUCCAGAUCUAGAAAAGGCAGCAAGCAUGUACAGGGAUGUACUAGGUGCAACAGUCAGUGAAACUGUGCCCCUUCCAGACCAUGGUGUCUAUACUAUAUUUAUUGAGCUGGGUAAUACUAAGCUAGAGCUCUUACAUCCUUUAGGAGAUAAAAGCCCCAUUCAAGGUUUUCUGGAUAAGAAACCAGAAGGUGGUAUGCAUCAUAUUUGUAUCGAGGUGGGUGCUUUUGUUCAUUUGUUUUGCUUUGCGUACUAUUUGUACCAUACAUUCAUUUAUUCUUUUAGUCUUAUUCUGUCAUUGAUUUCUUUAUUCAUGCUUUCAUGCAUUCAUAACUUUUUACAUACAUUGAUCGUCAGACGUAUGAGUUUUGUGUAAUUGUGUAUUAACUUUGGUAGUACAGUAUGUAUUCUUUGUUCUAUUAAUUAUUGUUGCUCAUUUUGGCAUGCAUUAUUUCAUUGAUGAGGUGCUAGAGAUAUAUCAUAGGUGUGUUGUGAAUUAUUAUUUCAUUUGUUAUUAUCAGUUUAUCCAUUCAUUCUUUUUUUUAUAUGUUCAUUCUUUUUUAUUGGCUUGUGUUAACCCAAUGCAAUGAAGGUGAGUGCCUAACUGGGCACCUACCUCUACUGCCUUUCUACCCGUGAAUUUCCUCUAUUACUAUCAAUGGUUCAAAGGCAUUAGAUUUUUGUGGAAAAAUUGCCUAAGAACAGCUGGUAAUAGGAUUAAUUUAAGGGCACUUCUGAGAGCAGUCAGACCACAGGUCCUACGCUAAUGAGCAAAUGGGUCAGAUUCAUCCAAGUCUACUCUUGGCUGAAUCCUCCUCCCUGCAAAAUCUUGUGAAUCUUGAUAUUUUCUUUCUGUAAGAAUUAACCUACUUUAUCAAGUCGAAUUCAAUAUCACUGGAAAGAGUAUAUGUUCUCUAUGAUAUUAGUCAUUUAUUUUGUAUUGUCUAUUUUGAUAAAUAAAGUGAAUUUCAGGCCUAAAGAUGUGCCUCAAAUCUCUUUUUUUUUUGCAAAUUGUGCAAAAUUGUGCUGGAUUGGUUGAUUCAUUUAUCCAUUGCGGAUUAUUCUGUCAUCCAAUUGAUAAAUCAUUAAUUUAUGCAUAUAUUCUUUUAUGCAUAUUACUUUAUUCAUUCAUUAAUUAUUACAUUUAUUUUCUCAACUAUCCACCCAUUCAUUCAUUUUCACAUUUGUCCAUUCGUUCAUUUCACAUAUUUAUUCAUUAAUUGCCAUAUUGAAAGACUGGAUGGUGAGUUGGCAACUAUUCUUAAAUCUCUAUUGAGGUGGAUAUUAAUAAAUUAUUUAUUCAUUAAUUUGAUCAUAAAUGGCACCUUACUUCUUUUUUAUUCAGCCCUUCCUAGAGGGGACGUAUUAUGGUAUCACGCUCGGUGUCCGUCCGUCUGCCUGUCUGUCCGUCCGUUAAGUUUUCCUUGUAAAUGCUAUAACUUCAGUUUGACUUAACCGAGGCUCAUAUAAUUUGGUGUGUAUGAUACUAGCAUGGAUCCCAGGAAGCCUAUUGACUUUGAGGUCAAAAGUUAAGAUCACAGUGACAUGUUUUCAUCUUACCCUUCUGAAGUCUUUGUUAACGCGAUAACUUUAGUUUAACUUAACCUAUGCUCAUAUAAUUUGGUGUGUAUGAUACUAGCAUGGAUCCCAGGAAUACUAUUGACUUUGAGGUCAAAGGUUAAGAUCAUAGUGACAUGUUUUCAUCUUACCCUUCUGAAGUCUUUGUUAACACGAUAACUUCAGUUGAACUUAACCUAUGCUCAUAUAAUUUGGUGUGUAUGAUACAUGUACUAGCGUAGAUCCCAGCAAUUCUAUUGAUUUUGAGUUCAGAAGGUCAAAGGUGAAGUCGCCAUCUUCCACUUUUCUUGCUUGAACAAUAACUCAAUUUUCCGUGUUACAGGCGGGCGUAUUAUGUGCUCGCCUUAGCGACACUCUUGUUCCAUUUGUUCAUUAAUUGAUUCAUCACUUGAUUGAUUGAAUUCAUUCAUGUAUUCCAUUGAUCUAUUAUUAAUAAAAGUGCAUAUAAUUUCGAAUCUUCCCCAUAUUAAAUGCAUAUAUUCUUUUAUCAGUUCAGCCUAUUAUUAAUUAAUACAUUGACUCCUUCAAUCAUCCAUCUGAUGAUUUAUCAAUUUAUCAAAUUGUCCUUGUAUGAUUUGUCCAUUCAACAUUUUGUUCUUUGCAUUACUCCUUGCAUAUUCAUCCAUCCAUUCAAUGAAUCAUUCAUUUGUUAAUUUGUUUAUUGAUACAUGUUCAUUCAUCCAACCACUCAAUUAAUCUUUAUUCAUUUAUUCAUCCAUUCUAUUAUUAAACACCCCCUGCACUAUGCUAGCAUUAUUAAUUUAUGAAUUCAACCAGCCACUUGACUUUGCCAUCAAAUUUAGUGCACUCUGCAUAAAUUGAAACGAUACUCAAAUGUAAAAAAAGAAUUCAAAUUUUGGACAAAAUACAUUUAUUUAGGAUGAGGCAUCAAUUUCUGAUGGUUAUUCACGGAAAUGUUGGUUCAUUUUGUCAGGAACAGUACUAGUAUAUGAAUCAUAGUGUGUCAUUCUGUGUAGUGAUGAAUCAUAUUCACGCUUGUUUGCGAUGACCAAUUCUUGCUCCACUCUGAUUAUUCCAAGGUUAAGUGAGAUUAGAAAAGCAAACAAUGGAAUAUCCCAUCUGUCCUUUUCUCAAAAUAAUUGAUAUGAUCGCCAGUGGCUAAGUGAUUUAUGAAGUCUAUUACCUCUUUGUGAAAUGGGAUAUGAUUUUCAUAAUAAAAGAUUCACAUGAACACUGAAAGGUAGGGAGUGCUGUAAGGAGAAUGCUGCCCUCAUAUGACCAAACAUUGCUAUGCCUCUGCCAGCAUGCCUCACAGCAGUGGGGUGAGGUGAUCCAGGUCACUGUACUUUUCCUCAAGCAAUUUCCAAUUUCGUCCCUCACUGCCCCUGCAUGGCGUUGAGUAGAUGACGAAUAAUUCUGCCACACAAUAUCCAGGCUGGGGAUAGGCUAAGCCCUUUAAUUGCGCAGAUAUGAAAAACAUCCAUGCUAAUUAGCUUAUCGAAUCAUUGACUCGUAUCUUUGUUUUGUGUCAUUUUUGGUUUCUUUCCCUUUUUUAUAAAUUGUAUUUCAUAUUGAAAUUCUUUAUAUUUAUGACUAACCUAUAGUGAAUGGCUCGAUUGGGAAUUGAUCAAUUGAAGACAGAGAGGGAGAGAGAGAGAGAGAGAGAGAGAGAAAAACUGGCCACACUCUGUGAAGUACAUGCAUUGUGUAUAGCUCUAUAUUGCAUUUCAGUAAAUGCAACACCAGCUUACUGAAUAUCCCCUUCGUUGUGUGGCAAUGCAAAAUUGAUGCAAAAUUUUGUUCUAAUUAUAUAUCUGCAACUACAAUACUAAUUGAACCUGUUGGCAGUUUUAUGCAAUAAUUGCACUUUUAUCAUGUGUCAACAGAAUUGAUCUCCUGCAAUACCAGUGAAUUGUUAGCUGUGAUGAAUAGAAGGUUUUGUGAACUACUGAGUAUUUCAUUUCAUUGUCCAUUGUGUUACAUUCAAAAGGAACACUAACAAAUCAACAAAACCCAUUUGUGAUUUUUGUUCAUGUGUACAACAACAUCUCCAAAAUCUUCAAAAUCCAAAUAUAAUUACAUGUACAGUAUCACAUUUAGGUAACUACAUAAAAUCUCAAAUAAGAUUUCACUGGAAAAUAAUAAUUUAGCCCUACAUGCAUGAUUCUGAAUGCAUCAACUUGAAAAUGAAGUUACUUCUCAUACCUUACUCUUUGUCUCUUACUACACAACAAUAUUCAUAUGUAAAUUUAAUUUGUUUUCUUUAUUAACAUAUGUAUAUUUGAUUUUUUUAAAUUUUUACAGGUAAUGUACAUGUAGGUUAUCAAUAAAGCCAUUGAGGUGCAGAGCAUUGUAGUUUGUAUAACCUCUGAAGAUCAGAGUUGAUGAGAAAAGAGAUAAAUGAUCACCAUACGGAUCCUCUAAUUUAUUAUUCUCUCGCAAAUCUAUUUGCUACCGGUAUCAUAUUUUACAUGUAUCAGGGUUGUUUGGGGUUUUCUCCCCAUAUGGUGCCUCUUAUAUCGUGUAUUGCGUUUAAGAAAUCAGCAGUUAAUUUGGCAAACAAAAGAUCUUGCUAUUCUUGCAUAUCACCACAUCAGACAUUCUUAAAAAAAUAUAUUUCUUGGCUCAGAUUUUUUAAUGAUAUUUUGCUGAUGGGAUAAAUUUUUUUUGUUACUAUUUUUUAAAUAUUAGUUUAUAAAUACUUUACAUCUGAUCUGAUUUUCAUGAAAUUGUCAGUACUACUGUAUGUUGAUUUGACUUUUUCUUAUAUAUUCAGCUCAAUUGUUAUUGAUAACAUUACCAAGAAAGGUGCUAGAUACAUUAAAGAUGGUAAAAUUUGAAUUUUCACAAUGAAUCAAUGGAUGAAACGGGAUACAAUGAAUAAACUGAGAAUUAACAUGAUUCACAAUCACAUCAAACUAUUUCGUCGUCACUCUUCGCCAAGAAUCCACGGGUCGCCAUUCAAGAUGAGCUCAUGAAUAUUCAAUAUGACGUCAUAGCAGCCCGCGCUCUCAUUGGAUGAUUUUCACCGACCAAUUUUUGGUCGGAAUAUUGGU